AUGAAAGCUAUAAAUCGUUCCUUCUACCACACAAUCGACGCUAAGUCCUAUCAUGACAGGCCCAGCUGUCUCGUCUGCGGCUUUGUCUUUGCGAACGGGACCAGCGAGGACGAUCAUUACAGUUACGUGGAUACGAGAUACUAUGUAGGAAGUAACCUCUGUCGCGCUGAGCUUCUAGAGGAUUGGAGACCUUCUGAGAAGAAAAGAUGGGGGAAGAAAACAUGGUGGAACACUUCCCGCGCAGUUCUAUACCGCCCUGCAACAGGCACCUGCCGACUUUCUGGGGUCAUCAUGCAUCCUCUGACAACCGGAUUGGUUCCAAUGAAUGAGACAGAUGGAUAUAUUUGCGGUACUUGGUCGGGCUGGUUAUCCCCCAAAGAACGACAAGCUUUCGUACGUCCGGACAUUCUAUGCCCAACCCAGGAGCCGGAGCCCGACGUUGAGUGGGUGGCUUACUUUGUUCACUCUCGCUGCUGGGAGCUACUUACUCACCACGACUUGGGGACGGUUGCGGAGAAGGACCUGGGCAUAGUUCUCGACGCUCUCCGAGACAGACAUAAGACUCUCCGAGGCAGACGUAAGAAAACCGGUUAUCAACCUAGAUCCUGGUAUUGGAUGUUGUGUCGGGAAGAUCCUGUUCGUACAAAAUGCGUUACAGAAGCCAUUUGUCUAGCACUAAAACACGAAAAGCGAAGGAAAUUGAUGAUGAAACGAAAGGGCCAUUUGGUCACCCGAAAGGCACCACGUCUCAGACCCUGCGUUCUUCCGAUGGAAAUACUUUAUAUGAUUCUUAGAUAUCUUCCAUAUCAGACGAUUGCGAACGUGGAAAAAGGAUUGCGCCUCAAUCUCGGUAAUAGGUUUUGGCGCACUUGGCUCUCUAGCCGAGUAUUCUACGAAGUGAGGGAUAUUGCCAUCGACGAGGUUAAUUGGAAGCGCCUAUCCAUGUUGCUGGAACGACGACUCAAGAAGUCAAACGCUUUGGCCAUCCGACGGUUUUUAUUAGCCUCUCUGGAUAAUGUUAUGAGGUUUGUUAACAUGUAA